CAUCGAGCCGGCUGUAUUCUGUACCAGUCGUUUGAAGGCGUCGGUGUGUCAUAGUUUAUUGCUUUGUUGCUGGUCAACACGUCACGGGCUAUCAUGUAAAUUGUGUCGUUUAUUGACGGCAAUUUAUUCGUGUUCGCCAUAUUUUCUUCUCGUGCUUCACAAGGACUUGACCAUUUUUUUCGGAGUUCAGCGUGGGGUAUCAACCAUCGCAAAACCAUCGUCACCAUUGAUCUCCACGCAUAUUCUCUACUUUCCGCAUCCAUUGCCAUCUUCCCUCAUCAACCUUACUUCUCACCAACCAUGGGAGUAUCAGAACCUGGUUCGUCGUCAACCCCUGACCUUCCCCCGGAGGUGGAACGUCCAGGGUCGGGCAGUGGGUUGGAUGAUGAAGACCUGCCUCGGAGGAAGCAGAGGAGAUACCGGACCACGUUCACUAGCUAUCAGUUGGAUGAGCUGGAGAAAGCGUUCGGGAGGACGCAUUACCCUGAUGUUUUUACUAGAGAGGAGCUCGCUCUGAAAAUUGGCCUUACAGAAGCUAGAAUACAGGUGUGGUUCCAAAACCGGCGGGCGAAGUGGCGGAAACAGGAAAAGGUCGGUCCCCACGGUCACCCGUACAACCCGUACUUGGGUGCGCAGCCGCUGCCAACAUCCGCCUCCCUCGCAGCACCACCACACCUCGCGCAGCUUGGCUUCGGAUUGAGGAAGCCUUUUGACACUGCUGCUUUGGCGUCUUUCAGAUACGCAAGCACACCACUAUUCGGCGCUCAGUACCUGCCGCCGCUCUCGCGGCCGCCAUUAUUCGGUGCCCCGCUCUACGCAUCGCCCGCGCACUUCCAUUCUCUAUUUGCCAACCUAACCGCUCCUGAGCCGCCGCGACUUUCGGAGCCCUCGCCCGAUCAUAGCCGAGUAUCUUCCGAACACUCCCGAUUGUCGCCGGAGCACUCUCAACCGUCAUCAGACACCCGUUCGCGGUCCAUCUCUCCCCCUAUAUCGCCUGGAAGCGAGACCUUGCCUCCGCUGCCAGUAGUGGAUGACGUAAGGAACUCCAGCAUAGCAGCGUUGAGACUGGCUGCAAGAGAACAUGAGUUGAGAUUGGAGUUGUUGAGGCAGAGAGCUGAUUUGAUUUGUUGAUGAAUAUUGGUUACGAGAAGAGAAAGGAGAUUUGAUUGACAAAUAACUUACGUAAAUACAAGCUUUUUCUUCAACAUGUAAAGGUUUUUUUCUCAGUAUAUUGUGCAAUUUAGGAUUUGAUUCCCUAAAAAAAUUUUUUGUAGUAAGUAUGUAAAGACAAUGUUAGAACAAAUGUUAUCUUUGCGCAUUAUUCAUAAACAGCCUUUAUACGUCCCACUGCUGGGCACAGGCCUCCCCUCAAUCAACCGGAGGAAGCAUUAUUAAUACAGCUUAAAGUUCUAACAGCUGACGUCGGACUUGGUGUGUCUUUGGCUUUACUUAAUUCUACAGUGGUAUCAGCGGACAGGACGUCUAAUCUGGCAAUAUUGCAAUUUGACAUAAGCGAACAAGUGUCAAAUACCAAUUUUUCAGAUGAAUUGCUCCAAUGUAAGACCACAUUUAGACCUCCGAUUAUGGCAGGUACUUGAUGAGAUUGUACUCUUACCUAUGUAAUGGUCGCGAUUUCCGCAGACAAGACUUACUUAAGAGCGCCAUCCUUCAAUUACGUUUAGAGUUAGAAAGUGAUAGUGCUAAUCUAAUCUAGCGUCAGCUUUAAAAUUGACAAACUACAGCGCGAUCUAACACCAUUGUGGAACUUUUCAUAGUGAUAUAAAACAUAAGUAUAGAAUAAGGAAUAAUACUACGUAUAGAACGGCAACUCUCCGCUCCCCACCAGCGGCUGAGCUAGGUUUAUACCUCACCGCCCUCGGUUUUAGUUUAGUCUUCAAUCGUAAGGGCGUCAGACGUCACACACACAGAUGCGCGUGUACUAUAACGUCAAUGUAUAGCUAGUGUCCGUGUAAAAUGAGGUGUUAUGUAUGAAGUAUCCGGGGUGGGGCUGAAAGAGUUCAAAUAAAUCUUCAAUAUCAGUGCCUUUUGUGGUAGGCUAUUACUUAAUGAUAAAGAAUUUAUAUUAAACUUGUAAAUAAACAUAUACUAUUAUUAAUUUAUCUUCGCACACUAUAGAUUGUAUUUUCCGUCCACUGUUAAUAUUGUAUACUUAAGUAAAUAGAAAAUGAAGUUUGUAAAG